AUGUCGAAAAAGUGUAAAAAUUGUAACAAGUACCUGAGUAGGAUUCCUGGUUAUAAAAAAAUUAUAAAGAAUGAAGAAGAAGCUAAAGUGUUCAGUGACUGUUUGAAUAAAACCGUAAUAGUUAAUGAUAUUUUUUGUAAGAAGUGUCGACUUAUCCCAUAUGUUAACAAAAAAGCUUCUACUUCUAAAUGUGCAGCAUUUAACGAGGUAUCUUUAAGCAUAAAAGAAUCUGUUGAAGAAUUAGCGACUAGAGAAGUGCCGGAAGAAACUUACGUUUACUCUGAAGAUUCUGAUAACAGUAGUGACAGUGAUUUUACAUAUAAAUACCAUCUGAGUGAUGAUUUUAUUGAAGUUCCACUUCAACGUGUUGCAUCUACUCACAAGUAUUGCAUUAUAUGUCAAAAAACAACUGAUCUUAUGACAAUAUGUUUGGAGACACGAAUACAAUUGUUUAUUAAAAAACUGAUUUCUAUACCAACAGGUAAUCGUUGCUGUUCGAUGCACUUAAUUGGAAAUUAUUUUUAUAAAGAUGAUUUAUUACGUCUCCGCAUAGUCUCUAAUACUAGUAACGUAGAAAAAACUGAAUUGACACUAUUUUUCAAUACGCUGUCAAAUAAAUCACAGUCAUCAAUAUUCGAUAGAAUGAACGAAUUAGAUAUGUCUGAAGAUCAAGUAAAGACUUUAACCGGAAUAUCUUGGGAAAAUAUAUUAAAUCUUAGAUCAUUACUUACAUCUAUGCGAGAUACAAGGACACGGUCUGUUACUCAAGCUUUAAUUAUAUUUCUGUUUAAACUAAAGACUGGCAAUUCAAAUGAAACAAUCGCAAGUAUUUUUGGUUUACCUUACGCCCAACAAGUUUCAGAAUAUUUCACGCAAAUACUGACAAGUUUUGAAAAAGAAAUUUUACCGUACUCCUUUAGAUAUAACGCUGUUUCUCGACAACAACUUAUAGCGAACACCAGUGAUAAUGCAAAAAAAUUAUUAAAUGUCAAUGAAAAUCAGCUUAUACUAAUUGUAGAUGAUACAUAUGUACGACACCAGAAAAGUAAAAAUAAUUAUUUUCAAAGGAGAUCGUACUCAGGACAAAAGAAAACACACUUAUGUAAGCCAUUUGCAAUAUGUACGACAAAUGGUUUUGUCCUUGAUUUUGCUGGACCUUUUUCUGGAACUCUAAAUGAUGCUACAAUUAUGAAAGUUGUUUUAGAGAAUCCUUCAGGCUUAAAAAAACUUCUGUUACCCAAUGAUAUAUUUAUUGUAGAUCGCGGAUUUAGAGAUGUCGUAGAGUUUUUGAAUGACAAGGGUUUCAACGUUCUUAUGCCGGCUUUUAAAGGUAAUAAACUUCAACUCAGUACAGAAGAAGCUAAUAUAUCGAGAAAUAUAACGAAAAUCAGGUGGGUAGUAGAAGCUGUUCACGGUAAUAUUGCCCAAAAGUAUAAACUUUUACAUUAUUCUUUUGAUAAUAAGAUGUUGCCAAAGCUGGAACUGCUAUGUAAAACUAUUGGUUUUCUGCACAACACUUAUGAGAAAAGACUUCAUUCGGAUAGUAGUUUAAGUAACAUUAUAGUACAAUAUAUGAAAAGUAGAAUGGACAUAGAAAAUACUUUGAGUCAAGAAGUACAAAGUCAACAUUGGAACCGAAAAAAAAAUACACUGAAAUGUUUAACGGCAUCUGAACUACUUGACUUUCCACGUUUAACUGAAGAUCAGCUCAAGAUUUUAUUCACAGGCUCAUAUCAGUUUUCACAAGCUAUAUCUUACUUGGCCGAAAUAAUGGACGAUCAAAAUAAUCUCUCAGUACAAUAUGUGAAAUCAGCACCUAAUUUCAUCAAAGCAGAAGUAAAAUCAAGACAUAUAAAUAGAAAAGUCUAUCGAAUUUACAUCCACUAUAUUCCGAAAGGUAAUGACUACAAUAGUAUUCUUCGUUAUUGCUGUGAUUGCCCUAAUUGCAAACGUACAGUGGGAUGCUGUUCUCAUGUAGCAGCGAUUAUUUAUUAUCUAUCAUAUGGACGAUAUUUGUCCAGAAUCGUACGUCCUGCUGAGGUCCUAACUAAGUUAUUUGCAACUCAAAGUGUUCCGAUUGUAAUUAAUUACAACAGUGAUGAUAAUUAA